UGGACAUCCUUUUUUGUCUUGGCAGUUGGUCCUCCUGCUCCGGCACUAUUGCUCCGACAAGCCGGGGGGAGAGGAGACGGAAACGCAGGAUCUCAGCGAUGGAGCAUUUUUAGGAAAUAACGGAGAACUCCCCCGUCGGAGAUAACUGAACAGAGUCAUCUACAUGACCAAAGAAACAGGAACAAGAACGUAACAAUCAUGCAAUUUAAUUACAGACGAAUUUGAGCAACCGCUUCUUCUUCAAGGUUACACCUCUUGAAGACGCCCCAACAUCCCCGUUGUCGCAGAUCAGCUGGCGUACGUUGGUUGAUCAUCACCGGUACCGACCAUGUCCGUGGAAGAGCAGGGCUACCCCGACGCUAUGCUGUUGCUGGAGGCCGGGCCGGAGUGGAUGCGGGCCGAGAUUGAGCGUCUCUCCCGGGAGCUGAGUGAGACCACGAACGAAAAGAUCCAGGCGGCGGAGUACGGACUGGCGGUGCUGGAGGAGAAGCAGCAGCUCAAACAGCAAUACGAUGACCUGGAGAUCGAGUACGAGGCUGUCAGACAGGAGCUCGACCAGCUGAAAGAGGCCUUUGGACAAGCCUACUCCAACCACAGGAAGGUGGCAGCAGAUGGGGAGAGCCGUGAGGAGUCUCUUAUCCAGGAGUCCGCUUGUAAGGAGGCCUACUAUGAGCAGAGGGUCCUGGAGCUUCAGAAUGAGCUCCGCCAGACGCGCAACAUCCUCACCAAUACCCAGUCUGAGAAUGAACGUCUGAACACCAUCUUCCAAGAGAUGAGAGAGAACAGCCAGAUGGUGGAGCUCCAGAGGAAUCAGCUCCGUGACGACAUCAAGGAGUACAAGUUCCUCGAGGCUCGACUGCUGCAGGACUACACUGAACUGGAGGAGGAGAACAUCUCGCUGCAGAAGCAGGUUUCCGUGCUCAAACAGAGUCAGGUGGAGUUUGAGGGUUUGAAGCAUGAGAUCCGUCGUCUGGAGGAGGACACUCAGUUCCUCAACAGCCAACUGGAGGAUGCCAUCCGACUGAAAGAGAUCGCUGAGCGUCAGCUCGGUGAGGCCCUGGAGACCAUCAAGACUGAGCGUGAGCUGAAAGCUUCCCUGAGGAAAGAACUCUCCCACUACAUGAGCAUAGGAGACACUCUGUAUCACAGCCCUCUUAGCAUUUCUCUGGAUGGUCUCAAGUUCAGUGAUGAUGCGGCCACCGAACCUAACAACGAUGAAGCCCUCCAUGGAUAUGAGAAUGGCUUCACCAAACUGGCCAACGCCAUCACCUAUGACAACUGUGUGUCCACACCGAAGAACGAAGAGCUGUUUCAUCCUGCACCCAGCCUCGUGGACGACCUGCUCAGCGAACUUAACAUCUCAGAGAUCCAGAAGCUCAAGCAGCAGCUGAUGCAGAUGGAGCGUGAGAAGGUCAACCUGCUGUCCACCCUGCAGGACUCCCAGAAGCAGCUAGAGCAGGCUAACGGUGCUCUGUCAGAGCAUCAAGAGAAAGUCAACCGCCUUACGGAGAACCUUAACGCUAUCCGCAAGCUCCAGGCCAGCAAAGAACGCCAGUCUGCCUUGGACAACGAGAAGGAACGUGACAGCCAUGAAGAUGGAGACUACUACGAAGUGGACAUCAAUGGACCUGAGAUUCUGGAGUGCAAAUACAAGGUGGCUGUGUCUGAGGCAGGAGAGCUGAAGGAAGAACUGAAGACUCUGAAGGCGGAGUACCAGGCCUGUCAGUCACGUUACGAAGACGAACGCGCCCGUCUGGAGAAUGACGUGUCUACGCUGGGAGAGAAGCUGGCAACUCUGGAGAAGACGAGUCAGACAGAGAGAGAAGAGAAGACUAAGCUAGAGAAGGAGCUGCGCAAGUUGAGUGACGUGGCGGGCGAGUCUCAGGGCAGCCUGAGUGUGGCACAGGAUGAGCUGGUCACCUUCAGUGAGGAACUGGCUACUCUCUACAACCACGUCUGCAUGUGCAACAAUGAAACACCCAACCGCGUCAUGCUUGACUUCUACAAGGAGGGUAAGGGAGGUCGGAGCAGCCCAGAAGGCCGUGGCCGUCGCUCUCCCAUUUUGCUCACCAAGGGCCUCUUCCCUGAGCCUGGUAAGGCCGACGUAAGCGACGGAACCCCUUCGCCUGUCUCUUCUCUGCCUUCUCCUGUGUCUGACCACCGCCGCGAGCCCAUGAACAUCUACAAUCUGGUGGCGAUUAUCAGAGACCAGAUCAAGCACCUGCAGCUGGCUGUUGACCGCACCACAGAGUUGUCACGGCAGAGGGUGGCCUCUCUGGAGCUCGGCACUGUGGCCGACAAGGACAAGGAAGCCUGCAUGGAGGAGAUCCUCAAACUGAAAUCUCUGCUCAGCACAAAGAGGGAACAGAUUGCAACCCUGAGGACUGUCCUCAAGGCCAACAAGCAGACAGCUGAAGUUGCUCUGGCCAAUCUGAAGAGCAAGUACGAGAACGAAAAGGCCAUGGUGACCGAGACCAUGAUGAAACUGAGGAAUGAGCUGAAAGCCCUGAAGGAAGACGCUGCCACCUUUUCCUCUCUCCGAGCCAUGUUCGCCACACGUUGUGACGAGUAUGUCACUCAGCUGGAUGCGAUGCAGAGGCAGCUGGCAGCAGCAGAGGAUGAGAAAAAGACCCUCAACUCCCUGCUGCGGAUGGCUAUCCAGCAGAAACUGGCCCUGACGCAGCGUCUGGAAGACCUGGAGUUUGAUCACGAGCAAACCCGCCGGGGAGGCAACUCUGGCCGGGCCAAGACCCGCAGCAAGGCCGCCAGUGGCACCGCCAACAACACCCACGUAAGUCAGAGUCUCACCUGCUCUGGCCGACCAGAGCACAACAAUACAGCGCCCAAUGGCAUUCUGGGAGGCCCCGUGGUCUUUUGCAGUGAGAAGUACAAGAUCUACUGCGACUGAGACGGCUGAGAAGUCUUCAAGGGACUGCUGUGUACAGAGGGGAGGGGGCCCACGGGCCAAACCCUCCCUGCCUUAGUGUUAAAGAGCCCCACUUGCUCGCUUAGCUGCCUGGCCAGCCUGCGCUCCUCUAGGGACUGCUGUGUUACUAACCAGCUGCUCGUGUGUGCUAGUGUAAACGCUUAGGGGAAUGCAGAUGUAUGUACAGUACUUGGACUGUAGUAGACAUAUAUGGCAUGUGGAUUAUAGGACCCCGGUUAUGUUUGGGGUUUUAUGGAUAUUAUGGAGUGUCUAUUCUUUCCGCUGUUAUGGUGCUGUACGUAUGAUGUAAAAGGUGGCAGCUUUUGUGCUCUUUUGUUCCGUCCCCAUGAGUAAGAAUAACACAUUCUGGGGUGUGGACUUGUCAAAAGGAUGUCAAUCUGACGGUGUUGUGAAUUAAUAUGGCAUCUUCUGCUCGUCUGUCGGCAUUGGUGCUCCUUUAAAAAGCCCCCUUCUGCAUCCUGGUUCCCCCAGGACUGACCCUUGUCCAGCAGCCCACUGUCUAAUAAGAAGAGGAACUUGAAGACAAGGGAACUAAAAUAUGCAAUUUGUCUGCUGUCUUGCUGGGGAGGCACAGUAUGAUUCUACACAGAAAUUCACAAAUUGACUGGCUGCUGAUUUGAUGACAAACUUGUUUGGGCAGAAAAGGAGCACCUGUGACCACAGGUGUUUAUUUCAGGAUCAUUUUAAAGCUGUGAUGCUAGAACACCAAUACUGUAGGGUCAGUAGAAUCGCAUGGCUUUGCAGCUGAAAAUGCUUAUUAGCUUUUUAACUGUUUUUCCGUUGUCAGGUGUGUGGUACGAGACAAACUCAUGUAUUACAGGGCUCUACAUUGCAAAAAGGGGAGUUUUUUUGGUGUCUGGUGAAAUACAGGAGGGCUAUUCCAUGUGACCCAUUACGUUGCGAUGGAUUCUUUCAGAGCCAUAUAUAAUAGGAGAGAAAGAAAGUUUGACAAAUCGAUCUUCGCACCCAAAUUAAGUGCACUUCAGCAUAGGUGCCUCAGGUUCCUACUUCUGUUAAAAUGGAUAUAAUGGUUACUGUGAACAGAGAUACAAUAUAGUUUUGAUCAAAGAUGAUUUUUUAAAUAUGGAGCAAAUCAUAGAAGAGCACAAAUCAAAAAGACGUCCACAUGUGGAUAACAAAUCUGCAAAUGAAACCAACCGACCACUCGGCAAAAGUGCCUGUCGAAACACUUGAUAUAUUUAUCUGUUGAUGUAAAGCCCUGUCCUUGUGUCUCAACUUGAGCUGUCAUCGUUCUUUUCCUUCUCUCCCGCAUCCCCUGCCUCCCCCCUCUCUAUUUCUGGGAGACUGCUCAGACUUCUCAAGUAAUUACUGUGUGGUUAUGUGGCUGAAAACCCUUUCCUCAUGUCUCUAAUCUUGUGUCUUGUCACUCGGUGGCCAUAAUGACCUUCUCUUUUUUUAGAUUGUCAGCAGCUUGCUCCCCCAGCAUCACCACUCACCCUUUAACUAGAAUGAGGAAAUUUGGGGAAAAUUGCCCUCAGAAUAUUUUUGUCAGGUAACGUCCUCACGUACGUCGUGUUCCUGAUAUUUGCCUGUGUGUGUGUGUUUAUGAGCGUGCAAAUGAAGGUUCUUCCAUGUUGGUGUUCUGUUUUUAACUUUUGCAAAUGGAGGGUCCCUCAUUUCUUUUGUUUUCUUUGGUUUUAUGAUGUGUGAGGACAAAGAAACGUACUGUUUUAGUAUCCACAAUAGCUUUAACCCGUUGCAAGCUAGCAUUACGCAAAUAGGAAAAAAUAGCAGUGGGGCUUGUGUUUAAUAAAUCCAUGUACUGCUUGUGGAUCAUAGACACAUUAGCUUUAUGAUGCUAAAAGCAGGGUUGAUGUGAGGAAACCCUGCAAGGUUUAUCAAAUGAUUCUAUUUCUGCUAAGCUAUAUAUAUUAAACUGUAUUCCUAAUACGAUCAUUUUCAGGUUAUAAUCUUGCAGGAUCCUACUACAGUAUUUUUUCCUCUCAAGUCUCAAGAGGGGAGUCAAAUUAUUCCACUGAAAACAGAGCAAGUUGGCACUCAACCCUGCUUGAGUGUGCAUCCAUAAGCCACAGCACUCUGCAUGGAGACAAGGCUAUCGUACACAUUAGGGAAAAAGAAGAAAAAAAAAAAGCAACCUCCUUUGAGGUCAGUCACUCUUAAGUUUGAAGAUUCACUUAACUUACAAAUGUGAUGUAUUCUGUUUCUAUCACUUUGCGCUGACUGAGAGAAAGUUUGGGGAGUAGAGGAGGGAGAACUACUCAUGUUGUAAACCAGCUCCUGAGAGAGGAGUUAAGAAAGCCAGACAUGCUGGUGAAGAAAUCCAGAUGUCUGGCCUGAGAGCUGACUCUGGUACUGUGGAGAGAAAUGAGUGCAGGGGUUUCCUGAGGGAGAAACCCCCGGUUAAUUUUGGGAGGAAAAAUUAAAAAAAAAACAAAAAACAAAACAACAACUGAAAAACUGAAGACUGGUUGCUCAGUCAACCAGAGGACAUUGAUUCCAAAUUAGCUGAACCCCUAACCCUUCCCCUUGUACAGGCUCUGUGGAAUCACUGAGCAGUAGAUAAGCAUCCAGGAUGUGAUUGUGACUAGAGGCCCCUCAAUGAAUUCCCACUUUGCUCCAUCUAGUUUGAGAUCAAUGUCUGGCUUGUCUGGUGUCAUAACAGCAUGCCACCUAAAAAGCUCCUCCUACCUCUGCUUGCAGGCUCCUCCCACUUCACCUUUAAGUUUUUAUUACAAAUGGUGCAUCUAGCUUCUGAUUUAUAGUAAGCCUGCAUGUCAAAAACAUGACCCAUUUUUCAUUAACUUGCAUGGCACAUGAGAAACAGCCCUCUCCUCUGACCUGGGUGGUGGGAUGUGGCUCCAACUCCGAUGAAAGGUCACGGUACUCGUGAGUCAUUGGCUUCCUAACUGCACCCGCAAGAUAAUUUGUGGUGAAUGUGCUUUACGUGCUUUCACAUCAGCUCCUCGGAGACAUACUGACAAUGUCGAUAUGACAGAGAAGCUCCUGACAUGACAUCAGCUGCCUCGGGGCUCCUAACACGGCUUCUAUUGCUUUGACUAACUACAGCCUCCGCCUGCUUUGUCUGUGUGGAAUCAGCUGCUGACCAUGUUAACAGUCGCUCUGAAUUGACAAAACAAAAUGCUAAUGCUGAUCAUUUGUUUGUUUCUCCAUUUUGCAGUAAUUACGGUAGUUCUGCGCGGAUGACGAAGUACCAACACAAGGUCCAUUCUCACGGCUGAUUGAGUUCGCUGAAAAGAGUUAGCGCUAAUAGGCCAUUUGAACUUGAAGACAAAACUAUAAAACAAAAUGCUAAUUGAAAACACUGAUUUCCAGUCAUAUCAACUGUCCUACGGCCUUCUUACUUCUUCAAAAAUGUGAUGUGUGUCAGAAUGACACUCAUAUUUGCGUGUUGCUGCUUGAAGCCAAUUUCUCACCAGUCCAAUGAACUGAUGGAAAUUCUGACCAGAGUUUUGAUUGGCCAAUCCAACCUUCCAACGAUAAGCGAGGGGACGUGGGGUUGUUUCUCAAUGUAAGUCAGCAAGCUAUUGUGUCUGGUUUCUUCUUUUUGUUUGGUUUUAGUUUGUUGUUUUUGUUAAUCCGUGCACUUUCAUUAUAUAGAAUUAUAACAGACUAUUAUUAACCUUUAGGAAAGCGUAGUAGUACUAUGGUUUGUGAGUAAAUCGGUAUAGGUUAUAAGACUAUAGGAUAAUACGUCCUCUUGAAUCUUCUGAACUUAUAUAAACUAUUUACUCCAGUAAAGGCUCCACAAACCUACUAUUACGACUUUAUCCUCAAGAUUUUAUCCAUCAAGUAAUCCUUUUCAAAUUGCUUUGUUACAUCAUAUGUUAUGCUGUCGGUUUUCUUUUAUGUUUGUUCUACUGCCAUGUUCUAUACAAAAAAAUCCAGGGUGAUCAAAUUCUGGGGUUUUUUUCAUGUAUUUAUUAUUCCUAGGAAUAGUUCAAAAUAACACGAUGACACUUGACAACGCUCUGACUCGAAUAGGUAAGUUGUGUUUUGGGAAAAUUUUGAGUGAUGCGAUAUGCUUUUCCUAGCUUCUUACCGAGGGCGUUCAACGGAAACGGGAUCACUGACUUUCAGAAUUCUCUGCAAGUGCGAUAAUUAAAUUCCAAAUUGGAAUUGUUUCAUUCUCUCUUUGUUUAUCGUGCCAAAUCUUGGUACACCGUUUAGAUUGAAAAGGAUCAAGACUCGGAAAUAAGGCAAGCCGUCACUGAGGAAGACGUAGUUCGGGCCAUGGCUCUCAACACGAGUGCCGGGGUUUUGUUUUUUGGUUUGCUUAGCUCUUCGUUUUUGACCAGUAGUGCCUUUCAUUGUUUCAAGGGAGAAUCUUAGCCUAGUAUUUUAUGUUUUCUGUUUUUAUAGGUGAGGACUUUGGGUUCAAAAUGACUGUGAGCAGCAAUAAGUGCAAAGGGUAUUUUCCCCUGUCUGCAUGAAUGAGAAGAUAGUUUUGAAAUUAGCUCAGUAAAACUGAAAUUGUAUUGAAUUCUGCAGGUCAGUGAUCCACUCAAUAAAUUCAGGGGUAUUAAGAAAAGGUUGUUUUUUUUUAUCAAACUUUGGGAACCAAAAGAGAUCCCUUUGGCCUCCUGUUAUUGAACAAAAUGCUCCAAGCAUCUGUUUAUGUGCUGGAGUGGAUCAGUGUACCAUUGGAAACAUCAACGUAUCUCUAACAUUGUUUGGUGAAGGUAAUGUGAUAUCAAUAGUAUUGUUGAAAAAUGUGCAGAGAGCGCAUUUUAUGUUUCUCUUUGUCCAAUCUGAGUUUUGUUUUUUUUUUUAUUCUUGAAUCUUUUUUGUUUUUUUUUUACAUCAUCUUUGAGCAUUGUGUUUUCAGGAAACAGAAAACAAAAUAAGCAUCAACAAGCUUGAAUAGUGCCAUCAUAGCCAAUGCUUGUUUGUUGAGGCGUUAAAAGUUACCAAUAUGGAUGAGAAGCUACAAAAUAAAAGUGCAAUUCAGAUACUGUUUUACAUUUAAAAAAAAAUAAAAAUAAAAGUUUUCUGUUUGCUGGAAGCGAUAGCAUUGUGAUAAUAAAUUUAGCUGUGCAAACUUUAUAUUGUCAUAUUGUGUUUCAGUAUUGAUCCAUAAUGAGAGUUUGAUAUCUUUAUAUGAAAAAUAACGACUUCACCUGUAUGUUGGUAUUUAUUUGAAUUGUCAUGCAGUACUGUAUUCUUAUCAAUAAUGUGCAUUAUGAUUAGUGGCAUAUUGAUUACGGCUAAAUGUCAUAUGCAUGUUUCUCAGUCAUGGGACCUUUACACAGAAUUGAAAACAAACAUGUAAAACUUUUGUCAGGGUGUUAAAAAAAAAUAACAAUAUUGAGAGAUAAAAAAGAAGAAAAGACAAGAAUUAAGUCUCAUGUAUUACUGCUGAACUAAUCCCAUGAAAGUGUUUUGUUUGUUUUCCAGUAGAGAGGGUGGUAUGUCUGUGUAAAGGUAGUCAUACUGGCAAAAAUCAAUAAAUGUGACUUAAGUUCCAA